CAUUCCUCUUUCACUUCUCACUUCCACGCUCUCUUCCCUCUCCUUCUUCUUCAACUUCCACGUUCUUUUUCUUUCUCUGUCCCUCAUUACCGUUGAUAUUUAUUCACACAUAAAUAUUACCUUUUUUUUUUUCUCUCUCAAAACCCAAAACUAUUCCCUUGUGAGAACUGAGGAGACAUAAUAAUGGGUAAGGCGUCGAAGUGGUUUCGCGGGCUUCUUGGUCUCAAAAAAACAGAGUAUGCCACCUCACCCGCCAAGCCUCCCAAAGAGAAACGCCGGUGGAGCUUCGUUAAAUCAUCAUACACAGAAAAAGACAACACCACUGCCGCCACGUGUCCACCACUAAGAAACAACAACAACCACGCAAUGGCAGUAGCAGCAGCCACCGCUGCGGUGGCCGAAGCGGCGGUGGCUGCCGCCGAAGCAGCCGCCGUCGUGGUGAGACUAACUAGUAACAGCGGCAGGUGCGCCGACGGCGGACCCACCCGGAUUCGCCAACAUUGGGCUGCUGUUAAGAUUCAAGCCGCUUUUCGUGGCUGUUUGGCAAGGAGAGCACUGCGAGCAUUAAAGGGAUUGGUGAAGUUGCAAGCAUUGGUGAGAGGCCACAUUGAGAGAAAACGGACGGCAGAGUGGCUGAAAAGAUUGCAAGCACUCUUACAUGCACAGACCCAAGUUUCUGCAGGGUUGACCCUGCAUGCCUCACCUUCGAGUUCAAAGUUAUCAAGCCACCUCCAAGGUCCAGAAACACCCGAAAAAUUUGAAAGCCCCAUUAGAUCUAAGAGCAUGAAACAUGAGCACUCACCUAUACUCAAGAGAAAUGGCUCCAAAUCCUGUGCCCUGAUCAAUGGCUAUCAAGAGAUAUGUGGGAGUAGAUCAGAGAGUCAAGGGAAUGAACAAUUAUGGAACUCAGGAAGAUCAAUGAAUAGAGCACACGGCUCCAAUGAUGAAAGAAAUGGCAAGGUUCUUGAAGUUGAUUCUGGAAAACCGCACUUCACACUAAAGCGUCGAAACCUCUCUUACUCCACAGGCUCUGAUCUUUAUAGUAAGAGUUUGAACAGCACAAAGGAAUCAACAUCUCUUCAAUCUGCUCAAAGUCCAUGUUGUGAGGUUCAGUCUCACAGUUACAGCUCGCAAAAAGUGAACAAUGAGGUUGAGGAGAGUCCAUUCUGCACUGCUGACAAUAGUCCACAAUACUUAUCUGCCUCUUCUAAAGAUGAUGGCUUCAAAAGAAGCCCUUUUACUCCUACUAGAAGUGAUGGCUCUAGAAGCUACAUUCGCGGUUACCCUGAUUAUCCUAGUUACAUGGCAUGCACUGAAUCUUCAAAGGCAAAGGCCAGAUCUCUGAGUGCACCAAAACAAAGGCCUCAAAGUGAGAGGUCUGGUUCAUCGGAUAGAUACUCACUCAAUGGAUUUGAUAUGUCAAGAUUGGCCACUCAAAGGGCAAUGCAAGCAAGCUUCACCAACAAAGCAUAUCCAGGUUCUGGUCGUUUGGACAAGCUUGGUAUGCCUGUGGGGUACAGAUUCUGAUUGAGUUAUGUUUAUGGUAAGAGGGUUAUUUUGUAUCUUUUAUUUUUCAUAGUCUUAAAGUCUUAAUAUCUGAUCUUGCUAACCAACCGGCUGUACUUUGAGCUUCCAUUGCGAUUUUGUGUCAGCAUUAGAAAUCUACAACCAAAUUAAGUGCAUACUGCUAAGUCUCAACUUUCAAGUCAUUUUAUUACUUGGAUAAACUGUGUAAAAGAAUUAUUAUCUUUGCCUUUCAAAAGUUUAAGACUUGUGGCUGUCAGUUACAUUGAACGCUUUAUUUAUAAUAUCUUACCUAUCUUUUCAAUCAA